AUGGCGGGCACUCCAGGAACCACCAUCCUCCUCUUCGGGCCUCAGAUCGUCUCUUUCUCCAAGCAGACCUUCGAGCAACUGCGAUCGACAAUAACCAAAGAACCAACUCAGCAUUGGGCGCUCGAUACCAUUGCAGAUCUCCCAAAGCAAUGGAAGACUAUUGUCGAGGUCUUACCAACCCUAGAUGCUUUGCCGGGAGAAAAACUGCUCAACGACCUCAAUCGCUGGUUCCAAAGCGGAGUGGACAAUGAGCUAAAAUUCGACCUACCCAACAUUCUACUGACCCCGUUGGUUGUUCUCACCCAACUCACUCAAUAUGUCCGAUAUCUCGAGCUGAAUCGGGGUGAAAGAUGCGAAGAUGAUUUGCAAACCCACUUCACGACGCAAAAGGUAGAGACCUUGGGCUUUUGCACUGGGCUGCUCAGUGCCAUUGCCGUGGCUAGUGCAGCCAACCAGGAACAACUCAAGACAUACGGUGCUGUCGCUAUCCGUCUGGCGAUGCUCAUCGGCGCCGUGGUGGAUGCACAAGAGGCGGCACAGGGACAUGCAAAGUCGUUUGCCACGGCGUGGAAUACACCUGAGCAGGCCCUAGAGAUUUCUCGCAUUAUUGAUCAGUUUCCAGAGGCUUAUAUAUCCGUCUCCUACGACAAGAAAAGAGCCACAAUCACCAGCUCUGAUCAAACGGCCCCUCUACUCCUGCAGCAAUUCAAGGCUACUGGAAUUACAGCCGCUGUAGUUGGCCUUCAUGGGCGGUUUCAUUGCCAACAGCAGAAGGAGAAUAUUGACCAUGUUCUUCAAUUCUGUGACUUGGCCAAGGACUUCCAAUUCCCCAAAGGUAGUGAACUGAUUAUCCCCAGCUACACCAACGCGAAUGGGGAGUCCAUUAAAGACGGUAAGAUGCACAGCCUGGUGAUCAACUCCAUCCUCGUAGAGAAAUCCAACUGGUACGAGACAUUUGCGGCCGUCCAGAUGUCCCGCCUGAAUGACCAGGGCUCACGAGUUAUUUCCUUUGGCCCCGACAGAUGCGUCCCGCCGUCUCUCAUCCGGGAAUUGGGAAACCGCAUGGUACAGUUCGCAGAUCCGGAUGAGAAGGUCCCCGAUCGUUUGGCCAGUGUCCUAGACCCCGAACCAAAUAAUACCAAGUCUGCCCAAUAUGACCAGGACAUUGCCGUCAUCGGUAUGGCCAUUAAGGUGGCCGGUGCAGAUGACCUGGACGAAUUCUGGACGAUCAACGCCAAUGGAAAGUCCCAGCAUAUCCCUGUCCCGGAGAGUCGUUUUGGAUUUGAAACGCACUGGCGCGACCUUGAUGAGAAGCGCACUUGGUACGGUAAUUUCAUGCGGGAUAUUGAUGCUUUUGAUCACAGGUUCUUCAAGAGGAGUGCCCGCGAAGCAUCUUCGAUGGACCCACAGCAGCGAAUCAUGUUGCAAACAGCCUACCAGGCUGUUGAACAAUCUGGAUACUUCUCCAUGGCCAAUGUCGACAAGCAUAUCGGAUGUUAUAUUGGGGCCUGCGCCGCUGAUUAUGAACAGAAUGUGGCGUGCUAUCCUCCCAAUGCUUUCACGGCUACGGGAAACCUUAAGAGUUUCAUUCCCGGAAAGAUCUCCCAUUACUUUGGCUGGACAGGCCCAGGAAUGACAAUAGAUACCGCAUGUUCUGCUUCAGCGGUUGCCAUCCAUACAGCCUGUCGUGCCAUUUUGACCGGCGAAUGCACGGGUGGUGCUCUGGCAGGUGGAGUCGCCACAAUGGAGAAUCCCAUCUGGUUUCAAAACUUGGCUGGCGCAACAUUCCUGAGUCCCACAGGCCAGUGCAAGCCGUUUGAUGAGUUGGCGGAUGGGUACUGCCGUGGUGAGGGUAUUGCCUGCGUCUUCUUGAAGAAGAUGUCUGACGCAAUUGCCGAUGGCAACCAGAUAUUUGGAAACAUUGCCAGCACGGCAGUUUAUCAGAACCAGAAUUGCACGCCAUUGUUCGUGCCAAACGCGCCAUCACUGUCACAGCUCUUCCAAGAUGUCAUCCGACAGGCAAACUUGGAGCCUGAGCAGAUCUCUCUGGUUGAAGCGCAUGGAACGGGUACUCCUGUUGGCGAUCCGGCUGAAUACGAAAGUAUCCUCCGUGCUUUGGCCGGUCCUAAUAGAACCAAACCUUUGCCCAUCGGCUCUGUCAAGGGCCUUAUCGGCCACACCGAGGGCACAUCUGGUGUCAUUUCGCUGAUCAAGGUCCUCGUCAUGAUGCAGCGAGGAUACAUUCCGCCCCAAGCCAGUCACUCUAAGUUGAGCUCCCACAUCAAGGUCUCUUCAACAGACAUGAUCCAAGUCCCGAGCAGCCUGCAGCGUUGGACUGAGACACAUAAAGCGGCGCUCAUUAACAACUACGGUGCAUCUGGAUCCAAUGCCUCAAUGGUGGUGACGCAGUCCAUGCACAAUGGCAAGGAGUCGGACCCUAUCCAUUUUGUCGUCAAACAUCCCUUCUGGCUUGCCGGUCAGGAUGAUCGUAGUCUGACUGCGUACGCUACCCGGCUGCUCCAGAUCCUCAAGUCCACCACAACAACAUUGGCAAGCCUGUCAUUUAACAUGUGUCGGCAGUCAAACAGGACACUUCCAAAGGGUUUGCUGUUCAGCUGCAGCUCCGUCGACGAAUUGACCAACAAAUUGACCUCGUUCUCCGGUGGAGAGAACAUUCCCACCACCGCUAUUAAGGCCUCUCGUCCUGUAAUCUUGUGCUUUGGCGGACAGGUUUCGACAUUUAUAGGUCUGGAGCGCCAAGUCUACGAAAGUAUCCAGAUCCUCCGCAGCUACCUGGACCAAUGCAACAAUACCAUCAUGUCCCUUGGUCUGGAUGGUAUAUAUCCGGAAAUUUUCCAAAGAACACCAGUGAAAGAUACUGUGAGGCUACAGACUAUGCUCUUCGCCAUGCAGUACUCCUGUGCCAAAGCUUGGAUGGACAGCGGUGUCAAUAUCGAGGCGGUUGUCGGCCACAGUUUUGGCGAGAUCACCGCUCUAUGUAUAUCCGGUGUCCUCAGUCUCAAGGACACGGUGCAGCUGGUAGCUCGUCGUGCGAAGCUUGUGCGUGAUAACUGGGGACCCGACAGUGGUUCUAUGAUGGCAGUAGAGGGCGAUUUAGAUGUCGUUGAGAAAUUGGUCUUCGAGUCUAACAACAUUCGAUACAAAAAUGGGCACUUUCCAGCUAGUAUCGCCUGCUACAAUGGUCCCCGCAGCUUUACGUUGGCCGGCUCUACCGAGGCUAUUGAAGCUAUUGCUGGAACCAUUGCCACGGAUGCCAGGUUCACAUUCAUGAAACACAAGAAGCUCAAUGUCACCAACGCCUUCCACUCGACAUUAGUGCAACCACUUGUUGAAAUGCUGGAGGAGUGCGGCAAGGGCCUCGUUUUCAAGGAACCGGCAAUUCAUCUGGAGAGAGCCACCGGGUCCCAGUCGACGGACAAGCUGACCGCACAGUUCGUCGCAGAGCACAUGAGGUACCCCGUCUUCUUUAACCAAGCCAUCCAGCGGUUGUCCAAAAAAUACCCAUCGGCUAUUUGGCUCGAGGCUGGGUCAAGCUCGACCAUCACUAUCAUGGCCAGCCGGGCGCUGAGCUCCUCCAAGGAUAGUUAUUUCCAGGCCAUGAACCUGACCACCGAUAAGGGAGUGCAGAACCUUGUCGAUGCCACCGUUUCUUUGUGGAGUGAAGGACUACAAGUAACCUACUGGGCCCACCAUGCCGUGCAAACGUAUUCAUAUGCGCCCCUGAUCCUCCCGCCAUACCAAUUUGAAAAAUCCCGUCACUGGCUGGACCUGAAGAAGCCCAUCAAGGCUGCUGUUCAAGACACCACUCCGACAGUUAUCGAAGAUCCUCUCGAGUUGUGGACGUUUGUGAGUUACCAGGACAACGAUAUUCAGCGUGCACCUCGCUUCCGCAUCAACACCACGACCAAGGAGUACAAGGAGUACGUAGGGGGACACUUGAUCGUUCAAACAGCACCAAUUUGUCCCGCAACGGUCGAGGUCGAUAUGGUCAUUGAAUCCCUUACCAGCUUGUUGCCAGAUGUGUCCAAGGAAGGACUGCAGCCCCAAAUUCAUAACAUGCAGAACCACAGCCCGAUCUGUGAGGAUCCCUCGCGCAGCGUCUGGAUUGAUUUUGCGGCUGUGGAUGACAGCCGUCGCGACUGGACCUGGAAAAUUGUCAGCACUGGCUCUGAUCACAAGACAGAGAGCAAACACGUCGACGGCCAGAUCAAAUUCCGCGCCACAGAUGACCUCCAGUAUCAAAUGGAAUUUAGUCGUCUGGAGCGUCUGGUCUCACACCCACGGUGUCUGGAAAUUCUUGAAGAUGAUGAUGCGGACGAUAUUAUCCAGGGUCGCAACGUCUACAAGACCUUUGCGGAGAUUGUCGACUACGGUGAGAUGUACCGGGGGGUUCGCAAGGUAGUUGGAAAAGGAAACACAUGUGCUGGCCGUGUCCACAAAACACAGCACCAGGGCAAGCAGACAUGGCUUAAUGCAGUGCUCGCAGACUGCUUCAGCCAAGUCAGCGGCAUUUGGGUCAAUUGCAUGACCGACCGUUCUACAGCAGAUAUGUUCAUCGCCACUGGCUGUGAACAGGUCAUGCGCUCGCCCAAGGUUAAGAGAAAUGAGAACAACAAUGGCCCGGCAAUGUGGGAUGUGUUUGCCUACAACCACCGCGAGUCAGACAAACUGUACGUCACAGAUCUAUUUGUUUUCAGCCCUACCAACGGCAUGUUGGUCGAUGUCAUGCUAGGAAUUCAGUACGCCAAAGUUUCCAAGCAUUCUUUGAGUCGAAUUCUCACGCGUCUCACUGCCCCGGAGUCUUUGCCAACUCCCCCAUCAAGCAGUCUGGUAACGGCUCCAGCAGCCGCUCAGCCUAAUCCAGAGCAGCCGGUUCACUCUAAACAAGAGCCAGUUCAGACCCAGGAAGCGAAAUCAGAGAAGGGGCCCUCCCGGCCUGAUAUUGCUGAGGAUGUUCGAUCCCUCAUCGCCAACGUUGCUGGUCUCGAGCUCAAUGAAAUCCAGAAUGACUCGGAGCUCGUGGACUUUGGUAUCGACUCUCUCAUGGGAAUGGAGCUAGCCCGCGAGGUGGAGACCGUGUUCAAAUGUACUCUUGAUCAGGAGGAGCUUAUGGAGGCCACGAACUUCGUCAAAUUUGUCAAGUGUAUCGCCAAUGCCCUGUACGGUCCGGCUAAUGAAGACGACAACGAGGAUACAUCAGACGAUAGCGAUAAUCAUAUAUUUACAGAUGAUUCUUCGGAGGAAGAAACAGAAGACUCCAACAGCAGCAGCCCUCCCAACGAGCGUGUGGGCCAGGUCAAGACAACAGAGACAGCCUUAGGACAAACUCACUCGCAACUCAACAUUGACCCCAAAGACAUUAUGGAAGCAUUCGGGGAGUCGAAGUUGUUGACAGACCAGUUCAUUCGCAACUACAAGAUUGACAACUUCUGCAACACUAUCUGGGCACAGUCAAACCGUCUGUGUGUAGCCCUUGUGGUGGAAGCCUUUGAGUUGCUGGGGUGCUCUUUUAAGGCUACAUCGCCAGGUCAGGUUCUCCAGCGGAUCCCGUUUGCCCCCCAUCAUAGACGACUAGUUGAUUAUCUCUACGGGUUUUUGGAGAACGAGGCCCGUCUUAUUAACGUCCAGGACUCACGGGUUAUUAUACGAACCAAAAUACCAGUGCCGAACAAAUCCAGCCAGACGAUACUAGAUCAAUUAUUGCAGAAGUAUCCCGAAUGGAGCUACGCACACAGACUCACCUACUACGCCGGCAAGCAUCUCGCCGAUAUCCUGUCUGACAAGACCGAUGGUAUUCGCCUGAUCUUUGGCACCAUUGAGGGCCGCCAGCUUGUGUCUGCGCUCUAUUGUGAUCACUCCUUCAACGUCAUGUCGUAUAACCAGAUCAAAGAUGUCAUUUCCCGUCUCGUAUCUCGUCUGCCUAUGUCGGACGGGCCGCUGAAGAUUCUCGAAAUGGGUGCUGGCACUGGGGGAACAACACUGGUCCUUGCUCCGUUCCUGGCGAGUCUGAACGUGCCGGUGGAAUAUACAUUUACAGAUCUAUCGUCCUCCAUGGUCGCGCAGGCGCGCCGCAAAUUCAAACAGUACCCGUUCAUGAAGUUCGCGGUACAUGAUAUAGAGAAGGCCCCAGCCGAGGAGUUGCGCAAUCAGCAUAUUGUCCUCGCCAGUAACGCCAUUCAUGCGACCCACAGUCUGACCAAGUCGGGCGAGCAUAUCCGCUCCGCGCUGCGUCCCGAUGGGUUCCUUAUGAUGCUGGAGAUGACUGGCAUUGUUCCCUUUAUCGACGUCAUUUUUGGUCUGCUGGAGGGUUGGUGGCUAUUUGACGACGGCCGUACGCAUGCCAUUGCCCCCGUUUCCCGGUGGGAGAAGGAUCUACAGUCAGUCGGAUUUGGUCAUGUCGACUGGACCGACGGAAACUUACCGGAGAAUGGAAUCCAGAAGGUUAUAAUCGCCAUGGCAUCGGGAGAGCCGCACAAGCGCCUACCAAAGCCGAUAAAGGCAGAGCCCAUCGACGGUGAUACAGCAUCUCGCGAGGCAGAGGUGGCCAAAUACGUUGCUCAAUAUUCUGCAGGCUUCUCAGUUCCCAACUCUUCCGACAAGAACCAGCUGCUUCCCCUUCCCAGCCACAGGGACCAAUGCGUUCUCGUAACUGGUGCUACUGGUAGUCUGGGGUCUCAUCUCGUCGCCCAAUUGGCACAGCGUCCGGACGUAAAGACCGUGAUCUGUGUUAACCGCCCCAACCGCAAGGACCCCGUGGAAAUCAGACAGCAAGAGGCGCUGUCAUCUCGCGGCAUGUCCCUCGACAAUGCGGCACAGUCGAAGCUGAAGUCGUUCGCAACUGACACCUCCAACCCGUAUCUAGGACUCCCUAAGUUGGACUAUGACUGGCUAGUCCGGAAUGUCACUCACAUCGUACACAACGCCUGGCCCAUGAGCGGCACACGACCCAUCAAGGCAUUUGAGCCCCAGCUACAAUCCCUCCGAAACCUGAUUGACCUGGCCCGCGAUGUCUCAAAGCAGCAUGCCAAUGGCUUCAAGGUUAGUUUUGAGUUGAUCUCCUCCAUUGGCGUCGUCGGUCAUUAUCCCCUUUGGAGCGGGAGGACACAUGUUCCCGAGGAACGCAUGGAAAUGAAAUCUGUCCUUCCAAUUGGAUACUGCGAAGCCAAGAACGCCUGUGAGAGAAUCCUCGACGCCACUUUGCACCGGUAUCCAGACCAGUUUCGUGUGAUGGUGGCCCGGCCGGGCCAAAUCGCCGGAUCCAAGACAAGUGGAUACUGGAACCCGAUAGAACAUCUCUGUUUCAUGCUCAAAUCCUGCCAGUCGCUCUGCAUUCUCCCUGAUUUUAGUGGUACUCUUUCCUGGGUGCCAGUCAAUGAUGUUGCCAGCACGGCCAUCGAUCUCGUGAUGGCCAACAACGUGCCUUACCCAAUCUAUCACAUCGACAACCCUGUCGGCCAACCAUGGCAGGAAAUGAUUGCAACCCUGGCUGAUGCACUAGAUAUCCCCCCCAACCGGGUAGUUCCAUUCACAGAGUGGGUGGAUAGAGUGCGGCAUUCGCCGCUGUUGCCAGAUACGGACAAUCCUGCCGCGAUGCUCAUUGAUUUCCUGCAGCUAGACUUCCAGAGGAUGUCUUGCGGGGGGCUCCUGAUGGAUGUCACUAAAACCAAAGAACAUUCCCAAACACUAGCCAAACUGGGACCAGUCGAAGCAGAUGUGGUCAGAAAGUACGUCCAAGCAUGGAAGGAUAUGGGGUUUAUGCGAAAGUAG